CUUCUUGUUUCGAAACUUGACAAAUGUGAUGUGUCUGGAUUUCUUUUUUCCGUAGCCAAACUGCAAAUUGCUUACACCUCGGCUCCAAGUUUACCGUUUUGAUCGUACGAAUUCUUGCAGUGUUUUAUAGUGCCUUCGUUAGAUAAAGGCUCGAUUAUUAUCUUUCGUUCAAUUGAUUUAGCUUUCGUUAGUUCCUUUCAGAAGUUUAAUACGCCUAUUUCGUAGAUAAGGCAUACGUCUCGCCAGCGCCUCAUUACUCAUUGCUAUAAUUAUUCCCGAAGUGAAAUCGCAUUUCUGUAUGAUUUUGUAAAGAAACACGUUAGGAACAGCGAAUACGUACAUUAUCGUACUCAACCGGUCACAAGUGUAUGUAAAGUUCAUCAAAUAAUUCACCGAUCUGCGAACUGCUGAAUGAGUCAUAGUGCAUUUUUAUCACGGUAGAAAGUGACUCACAGGAAUAACUGAGUUUUCCACUUACACCAAGCAACAUGUUCAGUUGGUUGAAAAGAGAAACGAAAACGGAGGAGGUGGUGGAAAAUGUUUUAGGAGAGCUGAAAAAAAUUUAUCGCAGUAAAUUGUUACCGCUGGAGGAGCAUUACAACUUCCAUGACUUUCACUCGCCGAAGCUGGAGGAUUCGGAUUUCGAUGCGAAACCGAUGAUCCUGCUGGUUGGCCAGUAUUCGACUGGUAAAACCACCUUCAUCCGGUAUCUAUUGGAACGUGAUUUUCCGGGCAUUAGGAUCGGACCGGAACCAACAACUGACCGUUUCAUAGCUGUCAUGUACGAUGACAAGGAGGGCAUGAUACCGGGAAAUGCGCUUGUUGUCGAUCCGAAGAAACAGUUCCGGCCGCUAGAAAAGUAUGGCAACGCUUUCCUCAACCGUUUCCAGUGUUCCCACGUACCGUCCCCCGUACUACGAGCCAUUUCAAUCGUGGACACGCCCGGUAUUCUGUCUGGUGAAAAGCAGCGCGUGGACCGAGGUUACGAUUUCACUGGAGUGUUGGAAUGGUUUGCGGAACGCGUAGAUCGUAUUAUCCUGCUCUUCGAUGCCCACAAGCUGGACAUUUCGGAUGAAUUUAGGCGAUCAAUCGAAGCACUGCGAGGACAUGACGAUAAGAUACGGAUCGUGCUAAACAAGGCGGACAUGAUCGAUCAUCAACAGCUGAUGCGCGUGUACGGUGCUCUAAUGUGGUCUCUCGGCAAGGUACUGCAAACGCCCGAGGUGGCAAGAGUCUACAUUGGCUCCUUCUGGGACCAGCCACUGCGGUACGACGUCAACAGGCGACUGUUCGAGGAUGAGGAGCAAGAUCUUUUCCGUGAUUUGCAAUCGCUGCCGCGAAAUGCGGCGCUGCGUAAACUGAACGAUCUUAUCAAACGUGCUCGACUAGCAAAGGUCCACGCCUACCUCAUUUCAGAGCUUCGGAAAGAAAUGCCUCAAAUUUUCGGCAAGGAUAGUAAGAAAAAGGAGCUGAUAAAAAAUCUCGGCACUAUCUACGAUCGCGUCUGCCGGGAGCAUCAGGUUUCGAUUGGAGAUUUGCCUGAUAUCAAGAAAAUGCAAGAAGUACUCGCCAAUCAGGACUUUACCAAGUUCCAUUCGCUAAAAAUGCCACUUAUCGAGGUCGUGGACCGUAUGCUUGCCGUGGACAUUGCCCGUCUUAUGAGCAUGAUUCCGCAGGAAGAGAUGCAGUUGGUUUCGGAACCGCUUGUUAAAGGACAAAGCAACGGGACGGCAAUGGAAACCAACUUUUUGGACCAUCUUCUACUGAAAGGAGGCGCUUUCGACGGUGUGGAAGAUGUCGUUUCACCAUUCGGAUACCGGAAGGGCGAAGGAAUCGAUGCCGGGUAUGGUGAGGUCGAUUGGAUAUGCAAUCGUGAUCGUGCCCGAACGGAUCCUAUCUUUGAGUCGCUUGGACCGGUUGAUGGAAAAAUUUCCGGUGCCGCGGCCAAGUCGGAGCUGAUCAAAUCGAAGCUACCAAACAACGUCCUGAGUAAGAUUUGGAAGCUCUCGGAUUACGAUCAGGAUGGCUUCCUGGACAUCGAAGAGUUUGCUUUGGCAAUGCAUUUAAUCAACGUCAAAAUGGAUGGCAAUGAGCUGCCCACUGCUUUGCCACUUCAUCUGGUCCCACCGUCCAAGCGGCGGGUGGACUAGAAUUAGGUAUUGUUAGCUUCCGGACCAAGAAUACCAGCAGGCCGUAUAGUGAUUCGCGUUAUUGUUUGUGUGUGUGUGUGUAUGUGACGGCUAAACUACUAGCUUGAUUGUUAAUCUUUCUCCCUAUUUACUUUCUUGUCCACUGCCCUCAGUGGAAGGACGCCUCAAAUAUUGCUUAUCCGUUAGACCGACCCGUCAACUCUGACAUUCACCCGAGAGUUUGUUCACGCAUGUACACUUUGUGUAUCAUCUUUUGGUUAUUGCUUGACCUUUCUUUUCCCCAAUGUGUGUUGGUACGUUUUGGUCUUGUUUUUGGCGACCAAUCAAUCCUCAAAGUUUCUCUUCCCUGGGGUUCGUUCAACCGGUUACUCUUCACGUUUUCAGGAAGCGGAAACGUUGAUGGAGCAACUGAAAGCAACAGAGGAAGCAGACGUUUUUCUUUGUGUUUUGCUUGUAAUGUUUGUGUGUUCCACACAAUGACGGCCAAUUUCAGUCAUGGUGCAAACUGGGUUUAUAUAAAAAAUGCUAAUUUUUACUAUUAUCUUCGAACAAAACAAAAACAACAUAAUGCUGCCAAGAAAAUUACAAGCGUUUUGUUUCGAUGCGUAGUGAGCAAAUAGCAAAUUUAACAAAAAAAAAAAAUCGCCAAAAAUCAAAAAAAAAAAACACACGCUUACAACAAAACAUCGUUUCUUGCACUGUGAGGCCUUAUCCUUUUAGGCGAUAAUUUAUUAUUUAUACACUUAGUUAGUGAAGCAAACUGUAACGAAAUUUAGCCAAACAAAUACAUUUUUACAUUAACACACAUACAUACAUGUUGUAUGUAGCGAACAAAACAAAAAAAAACUUGCCGCGCAAAUUAGAACGAAGUGAAACGAUUAUAAAACCCGAUAGAGAGAACGAAUACAAUCAAUACUUUCAUUUAUUAGGUGCUUUAGUCUAUAUUGUCAUUUAUUACGCGAUGAUUGUACUAUUGUUUUGGCAGUAUAGUUUGUGGAGGUGUGCAAUAAUAGUAAAGAAAACAUUAUGUUGUUUGUAGUGGAAAAUUGGAAGGAAUGAAAUUAAAUUAAAAGUGGUUUGUUGAUUUUUUUUUAAUUUGCGCUGCAGAAGAUACGGCAAGCUGCAUGUAUGUUAUUGAUUAUGAAAGUUAAAAACAUUUAAUCACAUCUACCACGAACGUAGUGUAGAGAACAACAGAAGCUGGUGUGACGUGGUUAUGUAGGAUUGAAGAUAUCAUACAGAAUACGUACAAUAUGUUGAAUCCUUAGGCGCGAACUGGUCAGAAAAAAAUGUUCAGAAACAGAGUGGUUGGUGUUUUGGUGUUUUUACUAUGUAUUUAUGUUUCCAGCGUUUGGUGUUCAUUUGUCAAACAAAACAAUAACUAGUUGAAUUCGUGACAGUGUUGUUUGUUUAAUCCGUAACGGCGAUGAUUCCGUAUGAAUCAACAGUCUCGUGAUCGUCGUGCUUAUCUCAGACGAGUAAAAAGGGUUAAGUUGCUCUUGUAUCGUUCGCUGCUCACUUUCUGUUGCAAUAUUGCCCUGGCCAUAGAGUAAGUGGCUUCUGUUGUAACAAAAAGUGAAGUCGUUUUGUUGACAUCUCAAGCCUCGCAGUGAAGCCUUUGAAUGUUCGCUUCAAAUUUGAUUGCAGGUUCGUGCAGCAGCAGAAGUACUCCAUCAAGUGCUAUCGCUUCUUUUCUUUACCCCGAAUUGCAUAAUUUAUGCGUGAUAGUGUUGAAUGCCGGAAUGGCGAAGGAGGAAUAGUAAUGCGAACUACCAACGAUAGCUGUCGGUCUGUUGAUAGACAGAAAAUUCGUACUCUCUCGAACGAUUUCAACCACAGCUGAGCCGGAACCACUUGCUCUCAUUGUAACCUAAAAUUACUUUGGCAUUGGUCGUCUCGCUUAGGGUUUGUUUAGAGCUGGUUAACAGAAAUGGGUAUGCAACGUCCGCAUUUAGUUUAAAAAUAGGAGCGACAAGAUUUGAAUAUUUUAUUACUUCAAUUGUAUUGAUUGUUUCGAACUACUGGUGGCAUCUAGUGGAAGCUAAAAAGUUCAUUACAGAAAUGUGGGAGUGAUUUUAUUGACCGGAUUGAUCGACUUAUUAUGUCUGCUAAAUUUUCAUUUCAAACUGCAAAUAUGCCUAAAAUAAAAAGCCCCCUUUUGAACUACAUGCAGAAUUUGUUACUACACAAAGUUUGGCCUAACGCAAUUUACUUCAUCUAAAGAUAGAAAACAAAGACUAUAAUUACCGAAAUCAAAGGAUUUUCGCGGAACCGGAUAUACACAUAUAUACACAAAACAAAUCAUGUAUUGAUACACAUUUACAAGCGGAAUGCAUAGCAUUUGUAUGGUAUUUGUAUUUGUAGGAAAAAUGCGCGUGAAAAAAGUUAUGGGAAAAAUAUAACGAACAUACGAUGUGACGAACAAAGGAGCAAAUUGUGUUAAAAUUGGUAAGAAUGAGAUUGCUAAUGGACGAUACCUGGGUGUUUUGCGUCUCAAAAAUGUGUAUAUAGAACGAAAUCACCCGUUUCUUCUUGGUCGAUCAUUCAAUCAUCAACUCUCUGUGUCUGUGUUUUUGCGUGUAUACAUGCGUUUUUCGGCGUAAAAACGUGUGCACAAAAUACCAUCAGUACCAAACACAGACAGCUAAAGUGAAUGUAUGUACAGCAUAGAAGAUCUAUACAUUGCCGCUGAUCUAUAUACAAAAAAUAAAGCACAAUGACUAGUGCAAUGUAACAACAUCAAAGCACACGCUGAUCGACACAGAGAAACGGCCAAGCCCUGGAGAGGUUCCGCUGCGCACGGCACGCUUCGAUAAGCAAAUGUAGUUAAAAGAAAUGAUUCAUAACAAAACGACAA